GAGUGUCCACCAAUCGCGCCUCGAUAAAUCAAUCGAAUAGUUAUCGAAUCGCAAACUCAAGCCCUGGCACAUCUCUAGUAUAUACAGCGCAAGUGAAAAUUCUUUCUCCGUGUGAAAAUUCUAAACGCCAUUCGCAAAAGUGGCUGGAAAAGCAAGCAAAUAGCAUUUACCAAGUUAUCAACAUAGUCUAACGGAAUACAGACGGUUUUGCUUUUUGUGAUUUCAUUCUGAUUCAGUGUUGUCAAGUUUAAGGGAGGGCCGGAAAAGUUCCAGCCAGCCAAGCGGACGCAUUGCGGCCGACAUGUCCACGCCGCUGGAGCCGGGUUUCUGAUACGGUUCCCCACCAAUCCGCCCCACUGGCCGACGUCGCAUUCAGGCAAAGAACUUCGCUAGAGAAUCGCAUUCAGCCGGAAGACGGUAGAGCUGGCAACACUGCCGCCGCAAAAUGAAGUGAAUUCUCAGGAAAACCCGUAAAGAAAAGCCAGGAACGUCCGUUGUACAAGUGCCAAUGCGAGACACAAACGAAGAACAUCUCUGUUUCCCAUUGCACAUUGGCUUUUUGUUCAGUUUUGCGCAGUUUUGAAAGGCGUCGUCAUAUCAUCAUUAUUACCAUCAGACAUUCAUCAUCGGUCAUUAUCACCGUCUUAAAAUCCAAACCAUCGUCCGCUAUUGGUUGCCAUCAUCCACUGAACCAGCUCGUCCCACGUUCUUGAGGAGAGUCCCCUUCCCACGGAUAGCAUCUUCAUUGUAGACUUACCCCGUACAAGUCACACAGUUCAGUUAUGUCAUCGACCGCCGGGAAGCGCAAGGAGAUCUAUAAAUAUCUCGCACCAUGGCCGCUGUACUCCAUGAACUGGAGCGUCCGGCCGGACAAGCGUUUUCGGCUGGCCCUUGGAAGCUUCAUCGAGGAGUACAACAACAAGGUGCAGAUCAUCAGCCUGGAUGAGGAUACCAGCGAAUUUAGUGCCAAGAGCACAUUUGACCAUCCAUAUCCGACGACCAAGAUCAUGUGGAUUCCGGACUCGAAGGGGGUCUAUCCCGAUCUGCUGGCCACUAGCGGUGACUACCUCCGGGUGUGGCGUGCUGGAGAGCCGGACACUCGUCUCGAAUGCGUAUUAAAUAACAAUAAGAAUAGUGAUUUUUGCGCCCCGCUCACCUCCUUCGACUGGAACGAAGUGGAUCCCAAUCUGGUUGGCACCAGCUCUAUAGACACCACCUGCACUAUCUGGGGCCUCGAGACGGGCCAGCCACAUGCCCGCGUCUACGUGGCGGGGCACGUGAAGACGCAGCUGAUUGCCCACGACAAGGAGGUAUAUGACAUUGCCUUUUCGCGGGCAGGCGGCGGUCGGGACAUGUUCGCCUCGGUUGGAGCCGAUGGAUCGGUGCGCAUGUUCGAUUUGCGUCACCUGGAGCACUCGACCAUUAUUUAUGAGGAUCCCGCCCACACCGCGCUGCUGCGCUUGGCCUGGAACAAGCAGGACCCGAACUAUUUAGCCACAGUUGCCAUGGAUUCAUGUGAAGUUAUUAUUUUAGAUGUUCGUGUUCCUUGUACACCCGUUGCAAGACUGAGCAAUCACAGAGCGUGCGUCAACGGUAUUGCGUGGGCGCCGCAUAGUUCCUGUCACAUCUGCACUGCCGGUGAUGAUCACCAAGCACUGAUCUGGGAUAUACAACAAAUGCCACGCGCAAUCGAGGAUCCAAUUUUAGCCUAUACAGCUGCCGAGGGCGAAGUCAAUCAGAUCCAGUGGGGCGCCACCCAGCCCGACUGGAUAGCCAUUUGCUACAACAAAGCGUGCGAGAUCCUGCGGGUCUGAGUCAAUUUAAUUUGUUGGUGUUUUUUUUUUUUUUGGCACUUGGCUGCAAUUGCUGAACAACGCACAGUCAACGUAAAAUGGAAAAUGGAAAGUGGAGAGUGGAAAAUGGAAAAUGGAAGACAGAGGGCAGCAACACGAAGACACUUACACAUACACCUAUAUAUAUUUGCUGUUGGUAUUUGUUUAGUUUUGUAGGCUGCGGAGGCGUACGUUUUCUGGGAUUGGGCUUCAGUUGGAUCGGUUGUCACCGCUGUCACCGCUUCCGUAAUAUCUUAUUUAUUUACUGUCGUUUGCUAAAUUGAAAGAGAUGGAGAUAGAGAGGACGUAUAGGAUAUGGAGGAUAAGGAUCGUGUAUUUUAGACAUCGUAGCUUAGUUGACGAUAAAGGUAUAUAAGUCAAGUCUAUAAGGUAUAACCAAAACAUGUAUUUCUAAUUGUAGUUUAUUUCACACUUGACAAGGCCCGAAAAUGUCACCCCUGCCCCCUUGAACAAAUCACUUUGAGGAGCUUGUUUGUUUUUUUGAUGCCUGGCUUAGACGGGAAAGAGAAUCGAUGGGAAAAUAAGAAGCGAAAAAUAUUCAAAACAAUGUCCUACCUCGUUUUUUCAACCAUGAAUAUUGUCAAUACCAAUCAAUAUUUUGUGUCAACAGCAAUAAAACAUAAACAUAAAUACACACAAUGAGACGAAGAAACAGAAACGGAAAAUAGACAGCUACCACAGGAAAACGCUUUUUCGAAAUAUUUUACUUUGUUCAGUUUUAAUUUUUAUAACACGUUUUUAAGAAGAGAACCAAAACAAAAUAAAACGAAGUCGAAAACGAAAACGAAAUGAAGUUAAAACAAAAGCAAAACCAUGGACUUAAGCAAAUGCAAAACAAAAUGAAAUGAUUUAAAUAAUGUAAGCGAGAAUACUUAAAUAUGUAACUGAAUAAAACAGAGACGAUGGAAUACAACUGCACACAACACAGCUAGAAUACAAUACUAUUUAAAGAUACAAACUAAAAGUAAAAACAAAUACCGAAAUAUAUGAGCGAGAGAGAAUACAAGAUUGUUGCUAUAUCCAUUUAACAAACAAACAAACAAAUAAAAAGAACACAAGACAAGGCGAAACUAUGAUCACUUCACAGUAAAACAGGACAUACCCCCUACAAUGGGUAUAAAAAGAAACUCCUCCAACUCCCCACAGGACAACAGCGACUUCUCCAGACAAAAAUGAAACAAAACUUCAAAACCGAAAACAUAAAACCAGAAAACAAAUCGAAUUUUUUUAUGUAUCUUGUAAUUUAUAGCAAUUUCACAGCUCAGCCACUUACAUUCACACGAAUGUGUAUACAAAAUGAAUAUAUAGUAAUACUAAUAACCCGAAAGGUCAUGUCUUGUAAAUACAACAUGAACGAGAAUCUUUUUAAACCACAGAGACAGAAAAAUGUUAAAAAAAAAAUGAAAAAAAAAAACACCAACCAACAAUCAGAACAAGACUUAUCCCCUGAUUUUGUGAAGCCCCCUCCAAAUCCCCGUUCGCCAUUGAAUCCUUUUUGAUAUUUGUAGCCAUCGGAUAUAUAUAUGUAUUGUAUGUAUUUCCCUGAUUUGGCAUUAAUGGUUUCUGUGACAAAAAAAGAGAGUAAUACACAAAAAUAGGAUAUCGAAUAUUUGGGAACACAAUUUCUGUUUCGAUUUCUCUCCCUCAUAUGUGCUUGUUUAUUGUUCAUUAUGGUAUUUAUGUAAUGGCCAUGUAACUACAUUUAAAUAUUGAAUGUUUUUAUAAACACGCACCCAGAUACACACGUGUAGUCACAUCCACAUAUAGACAUCCCAUCAGGCUGGUGGUCACUAGAAGGCCGAUGGACGACUCUCUUUAGACGACUGGCUGAGAGCUUGGCGCAAACACCAAACACAAAACAAUGAUUGAAUUGAAGGAGAAAACAAACCAAAACCGACAAAUAUUUCAAUAAACCAUUUUUAAAUAAUA